AUGGCAGCCACUGCGCGGAUCGAAGAAGAUCUCUCGCAGAACCGUUUCUUGCAGGUGCUUCGCGCCAGCUUUGAAGGCAUAUACCGGCAGGCCGCUAAGGGAGGAGAGAAGACGGUGGUGCUGGUACCUUGCGCAGACUGCCUGGAGGUGGAGCACUUUGCACAGAACUUUGCAGAAACUCAUCUCCUGCACGCGACAUGCGUCCCUGGCUGCUACAUGAACCUUCUUGGACAAGGUGUUGAGAUCAAGGACAGCAGUGUGUCGACUCGUCUCGGUUUUUCUGAGCAGCGCGUCUGUGAAGUCUUGCAGAGCGAGUCGAUGUACGAUGUGGGCAAUACUUUCCGGGUUCUCGUGAUUGACAAGCCGCUGAUUGGCCGUCACCGCCCACUGCCGGGUGCAGCCGACCGUGCCAAAGCGACUGCUGAGACAUCUGAGCUGUCCGUUGAUGACAUGCUAUUGCAGGCUCCGAUGAUUCAGGGCGAUUUCUUCGACGAAGUGGACCGCUUCCGAAAGACCUUCGUGCAGGUUGCGGGCUGCGAGGGCCGCACGGCGGAGAGGAUUCGCGAGAUCGUGAACGGCGCGGUGCAGCGCCUCAGCCGGCAUCACAAGCUGACGUCCUCCUCGCAGCUGCGACAGCUUGAGUUCACAGUGAGUCGUCAGGCCUACACGGCAUUGCACUCCUUCGUUUUCCCCCAUCUGCAACAAAUCCUUUCAACCCACGAAGAGCGGCUGCAGAAAGCCAUUCGGUCCUAUGGCUCCGUGGAGGACGUGGUGGAAGCCAUCCCAGGUGGCGGUCAAGGCCUCGCCUUCGUAGAUAUCUCCGAGGCCGCGAAAGAGCUGGAGCUCAUGGAUGGCAAGAUCGCCCCUCACGAGAAGGUCGAGUGCAUCGACAAGGCCCACGGCUCACUCCAGCGCUGCAUCGCCGACUGCCUCCAGGAGUCUCCAAAGCCCGCGGCUCCAAUCGAGAUCACAGGCGACGAUGUGCUGUCCUUGUUCAUCCUCGUGGUGUACCGAAGCCAGGUGAAGUCUUUCCUUGCGCACAUCGCCCACGUGGAGAUGUACCUGCAGGGCUCCUCGAGCCGCUCCGGGGGCAGCGAGGCCGCCCGCUUCGAAGAGACCGGCUACGCCGUCUCCGCCUUGCAGGCCGGUCUGCAGUUCUUCCUCGAGGAGGGUCGGGCAGCGGCAGCGUCGGCUAAGCCCAUGGCCUUCGAAUACCUGCCCUCGGGUGGCCUGGCGGACCCCGGCGAAACCGGUCUCCUGGGCCUGGUUCGCCAGGCUCGGGCACAGGCGGCGGUGCGUUAG